GAGCUACCGAAGUCACUGAAUGGUGAUGUCAGAUUAACUCUGAGUAAGGUACCAACAAGAGCAAAGGGGCAGUUAUACCACUUGGGUCUCCAUCCUGCUCAGCUGUAAACAGAACUGAAGAGAUGGAGAUGAGGUUCAAGGUCCUGGUGUGUCACAUCAUCCUCCUGCAGAGUACCACUGUAUAUCUGUAUUCAGUACCUGCUAGCCAACAAAACCCAGAGAGUGUUGUGGUGUCAGUGACUAAUAUCAGCGCUCAAGUUGGAGAGCAAGGUUUCCUUACAUGUGAGAGUCACCGAAUGGUUUGGACACAGGACAACCUAAUGGACAGGCAACGUGUUGUUCAUUGGGACCUGUAUAGCAGUCAAGGGGUUUACCGUGGAGAGCGUCUUCUCGAUAUGUUUUCUGCGGGUGAGCAGCGCAUCUACAAAGACUACAAUCAGAGGAGAAUAUCAGUUUCAGAGAGAGCUUUCCAAGAUGGCAAUUUCUCACUGGUGAUCAAAGAUCUUUCAAUGAUUGAUCAAGGGCUGUAUUCCUGCAAUCUCCAUCACCACUACUGCCACCUGGAUGAGACUGUACGAGUUCAGCUAAAUGUUACCAAGUCAGAACGGAAAGUAAAGAUGUACUGGGAUGGUGAGAAGGUUGUCAUUGUGGCUUUAAUUCAUUCCACGGUGCUUCUUCCCUGCGAGAACCGUGAUCACAUGUGGACCGACAGACACCGUGAAGAGGACCAACAAGUAGUUCACUGGGAUCGGCAAGCUCCAGGGAUCCCUCAUGACCGUGCUGACCGUCUCAUUGACAUGUACGCAUCAGGGGAGAGACGAGCUUAUGGGUCACUCUUUCUCAGGAGAAAGAUGAAUGUGUCCAGUUUAGCCUUUUCACAGGGAGACUUUUCACUUUUUAUUCCAUAUUUAACCCGUGGAGAUGAGGGCACCUACUCAUGUCAUCUUCACCAUCAUUACUGUGGUCUCCAUGAACGCAGGAUCUUCUAUCUCUCUGUGUCUGAUCGUCCCAAGGUAGAAGAACCAAGCAAAACAAAUUCGGACUCUGCUCCAGCUAUAGAUUCCAAUGUAGUCCGGGAAAACAAAGUCAUCAAUGUUACCAUCCAAGAGAGCAGACUCCAUCUCUUCCAACAGCUUGGAUACAUUCUGGCAACCCUUUUGCUGUUUAUUCUUCUCCUUACAGCUGUGAUCCUCAUCACUCGCAAGCAUCAAAAAAGAGGGGAUGCAUAUAACUUGAAUAAACCUCAAGGAAUAGAGGUUAACACGAAGGAAAUCUGCCUCAGGCCUCCUGACCUCAUCCAAUACAAAAAGGAGGAGCUCCGAAUAGAUUAUAAAAAUAACAUUCUAAAGGAACGUGCAGAGAUGGACAGAGUGUUUGCACCAAAGAACAUCGACUUAGACCUGGAGCUUCGGAAAGAAUAUUGUAAAUAAAGAAAAUCAGAUCAACGCUGCUGGCUGGACCAGGAGCUUACACUUCAUUCAAGAAGAAGAAGAAUUCCCCAUUAUUCCUACUUAAUCUUUUGGUUGCUUUCCUGCAUUAGCUGUUUUCUUGUUUCAGAGCAUGUAGAUAUGGUCAUUAUUUUGGCCCAAGACCAGUAGCAGCAACAAUUUAACUUCAAGGACAGUUUAGCAAGUUUCUUCUGUACGACACAGGAGACAGUAUUUAAGAACAUAACUAACCUUUUGGGAACAUAGUCACCAUAGAAGUUUUGUAAUGAUGGCUUAAUUUCUUUUCUUGUAGUAACAUUUUAUAUAAAAGAAAAAUAUGAUUACAUUUCUGUUUACAAAUUUUAACCAAACAUAAAGUGGAAAUGUUAAAAAAUUUAAAUCAAAUUUCAUGCUGGUGUUCUAAACCUAUGGGGCGUGGCCCAAAUGAGGAUCUUCAUGCUGUUUAGUAUGGGGUGACUAGACCACUUGAAUAUGCAGGGAGAAGUCUAAUAAAUACACAUUGCAGGGCAGCACUGAUUGCAUUUAACAUUAACUGCAAUCAGUUCAGCCCUGCUAGCUGCAUUCUUUAGACAUGUCCUCGAACUGUUAAGUGAUCUGCUCACCCUAGUUUAGUAUGUGUCACAAUGAUCCCUCUAAGGUAUGCACUCCUGCAUGUACAUGUUACUUAUGAUGCCAGGGCAAUAAUCAAAGUUGUUGCUGGAGAUGGAAAUUCCACAGGAGGGUGAUGGCACAAAGAAAGAUUCAGGAAACAUAGCAGUCUGCAUUUCAAAGUGGAAACUACCCGACAAGUGUCUGCACAAGUGCUUUCAGGUCAAUGUAAUUAAAAUUAAUAAAAAAUGGAGGGAGCAGGCAUUUUCACCCCACCUUCUGAGCUACUGGGCAAUGAAGCACCUCAAAUGACCCUGUAGCCAUUGCCAAUAUGCAGUCUAGAUUACAGCUCAAACAAAAUUAUAUAUUUUAUAUAUGGACAAUACAGGUAUGGUAUCUAUUAUCUGGGAUACCUGGGUCCUGGGGUUUUCCUAAUGGGGGUCUAUUUGUUAUAAAGCGCACCAUAAGGAUUUAUGCCAGCGUAGAUAACUACUAUCAGCUACAAUGUACUGAAUAAUUGUGAAAUCAGUCAAAUAUAUAGACUUAUUUGUUUAAUUAAAAUAUUAUUGUAGAAGUCCUAUAUCUGGGCUUUCUGGAUAACAAAUUUUCAGAUAACAGAUCCCAUACCUAUACUAUUAAAAAGGCAAAAUAUCAUAUAUUUUACAAAACAUUUUAGGUAACAAAGUUGAUUCCCGGACCUAAUCUGGAUGCCAUCAUAAAAGUUGAAGAGGGGUGUGUAGCAUCUUUAAUGCAUGAAUACAUUUGUCUUGACAUGGUGCAACACGACACACUCAUUUUCCAAUUGUUGUGGAUGGUGUUCAUGUACACCAAUAAAGCCUGAUCCAAGUUUUCCAAGGAUAUGUGUUUGUGUGUGCUGGAUUGUGAGAAGUAAAAUGAGUUCUAGUGUUGUCUACAA